AUGUGCUCUUUUAAGGAGCUGAAGGACAUUGUUUUGUCAAAAACUCAGCGUAAAACUCCAACUGUUGUCCACAGGCAGUAUGCGAUUGGACGGAUACGUGCUUUCUAUGCACGAAAAAUCAAGUUUUUGCAACAAACUCUGCAUGACAAGUUAACUCAGAUCAUAAAUGAGUUUCCGAAAAUGGAGGAAGUUCAUCCGUUCUAUUCUGAUUUGAUGAACAUUCUGUAUGAUAGAGAUCAUUACAAAAUUGCUCUUGGACAGAUGAACACGGCUAGACACUUGAUAGAUGGAAUUGCACGAGAGUAUGUACGUUUGAUGAAAUAUGGCGACUCUUUGUAUCGAUGCAAGAUGCUCAAGAGAGCUGCGUUGGGUAGAAUG